AUGCCUGUUCGCAGGGGGCAUGUGGCACCUCAAAACACCUUCCUGGGGACCAUCAUACGGAAAUUUGAAGGACAGAAUAAAAAAUUUAUCAUUGCAAAUGCCAGAGUGCAGAACUGUGCCAUCAUCUACUGCAAUGACGGGUUCUGCGAGAUGACUGGGUUCUCCAGGCCAGAUGUCAUGCAGAAGCCAUGCACCUGCGACUUCCUCCAUGGGCCUGAGACCAAGAGGCAUGACAUUGCCCAGAUUGCCCAGGCGUUGCUGGGGUCAGAGGAGAGGAAAGUGGAGGUCACCUACUAUCAUAAAAAUGGCUCCACUUUCAUUUGUAACACUCACAUAAUCCCAGUGAAGAACCAAGAGGGUGUGGCUAUGAUGUUCAUCAUUAAUUUUGAGUAUGUGACAGAUGAAGACAGUGCUGCCUCCCCAGAGAGGGUAAACCCAAUCUUACCAGUCAAAUCUGUAAACCGGAAACUCUUUGGGUUCAAAUUUCCCGGGCUAAGAGUUCUAACAUACAGAAAGCAGUCCUUGCCACAGGAAGACCCGGAUGUGGUAGUCAUUGAUUCCUCCAAACACAGCGAUGACUCUGUGGCCAUGAAACACUUUAAGUCUCCCACGAAAGAAAGUUGCAGUCCCUCUGAAGCAGAUGACACAAAGGCCUUGAUACAGCCUAGCCAGUGUUCCCCCUUAGUGAACAUAUCCGGACCUCUGGACCAUUCCUCUCCCAAAAGGCAAUGGGACCGCCUCUACCCUGACAUGCUGCAGUCAAGUUCCCAACUAACACACUCCAGAUCAAGGGAAAGCCUCUGCAGCAUCCGGAGGGCAUCUUCAGUUCACGAUAUAGAAGGCUUCAGUGUCCAUCCCAAGAACAUAUUUAGAGAUCGACAUGCCAGUGAAGACAAUGGUCGCAAUGUCAAAGGGCCUUUUAAUCAUAUCAAGUCAAGUCUGCUGGGGUCCACAUCGGAUUCAAACCUCAACAAAUACAGCACCAUCAACAAGAUUCCUCAGCUUACUCUGAACUUUUCAGAUGUCAAAACUGAAAAAAAGAAUACAUCCCCUCCCUCUUCAGAUAAAACUAUUAUUGCACCCAAGGUCAAAGAACGGACACACAAUGUGACAGAGAAAGUAACCCAGGUUCUUUCUUUGGGAGCAGAUGUCUUGCCAGAAUACAAGCUGCAGACACCACGCAUCAACAAAUUUACCAUAUUGCACUACAGCCCUUUCAAAGCAGUCUGGGAUUGGCUUAUUUUACUACUGGUCAUUUAUACUGCUAUCUUCACCCCCUACUCUGCAGCCUUUCUCCUCAAUGACAGAGAAGAACAAAAAAGGCGAGAAUGUGGCUACUCCUGUAGCCCUUUGAAUGUGGUAGACUUGAUUGUGGAUAUUAUGUUUAUUAUAGACAUUCUAAUAAACUUCAGAACAACCUAUGUAAAUCAAAAUGAAGAAGUGGUAAGUGAUCCUGCCAAAAUAGCAAUACACUACUUCAAAGGCUGGUUCCUGAUUGACAUGGUUGCAGCCAUCCCUUUUGACUUGCUGAUUUUUGGAUCAGGUUCUGAUGAGACAACAACAUUAAUUGGUCUUUUGAAGACUGCGCGGCUCCUUCGUCUUGUGCGCGUGGCCAGGAAGCUGGAUCGCUAUUCCGAAUACGGCGCCGCGGUUCUCAUGCUCUUAAUGUGCAUAUUUGCCCUGAUUGCCCACUGGCUGGCUUGCAUCUGGUAUGCGAUUGGGAAUGUAGAGAGGCCCUAUCUGACUGACAAAAUUGGAUGGUUGGAUUCCUUAGGACAACAAAUUGGGAAACGUUACAAUGACAGUGACUCGAGUUCUGGACCGUCCAUUAAAGACAAAUACGUCACGGCACUUUAUUUUACCUUCAGCAGUUUGACCAGUGUAGGAUUUGGAAAUGUGUCUCCCAACACCAAUUCGGAGAAAAUCUUCUCCAUUUGUGUCAUGUUGAUUGGCUCCCUAAUGUAUGCAAGCAUUUUUGGGAAUGUUUCUGCAAUUAUUCAAAGACUGUACUCGGGGACCGCCAGGUACCACAUGCAAAUGCUGAGAGUGAAAGAGUUCAUUCGCUUCCACCAAAUCCCCAACCCUCUGCGGCAACGGCUUGAAGAAUAUUUCCAGCACGCAUGGACUUACACCAACGGCAUUGACAUGAACAUGGUCUUAAAGGGAUUCCCAGAAUGUUUACAAGCUGACAUUUGCCUGCAUCUGAACCAGACUUUGCUGCAAAACUGCAAAGCCUUUCGAGGAGCAAGUAAAGGCUGCCUUAGAGCUUUGGCAAUGAAGUUCAAAACCACCCACGCGCCUCCAGGAGACACCCUGGUUCACUGUGGGGAUGUCCUAACUGCACUGUACUUCUUAUCCAGAGGCUCCAUAGAAAUCCUCAAGGAUGACAUAGUGGUAGCUAUUCUCGGAAAAAAUGAUAUCUUUGGAGAAAUGGUUCAUCUUUAUGCCAAGCCUGGCAAGUCUAAUGCAGACGUGAGAGCGCUCACGUACUGCGACCUGCAUAAGAUCCAGCGAGAAGACUUACUGGAGGUCUUGGAUAUGUAUCCAGAGUUCUCAGACCACUUUCUGACGAAUCUAGAACUGACUUUCAACCUGAGACACGAGAGUGCAAAGGCUGAUUUUCCACUGCAGUCCCAAUCCAUAAAUGAUUCUGAAGGGGACACCUGUAAACUACGAAGAAGAAGACUGUCCUUCGAAAGUGAAGGCGAGAAAGAAAACAGCACGAAUGAUCCCGACGAUUCCACAGAUACAAUAAGGCGUUAUCAGGGUUCCAAGAAGCCCUUCGAAGAAAGGAAAAGCAGGUCGUCGUCCUUCAUCUCCUCCAUCGAUGAUGAACAAAAGCCACUCUUCUUGGGAACCAUAGACUCUACUCCAAGAAAGGUGAAAUCAACCCGACUCCACGGUGAAGAAACAGUGCCCACCUCAGGAAGAAUCCACGUGGAUAAAAGAAGCCACUCUUGCAAAGAUAUCACUGAUGCACACAGCUGGGAAAGAGAGCCUGCCAGGGCUCAGCCUGAAGAAAGCAGUCCGCCAGGACUUCAGAGAGCUGCUUGGGGGAUCUCUGAGACUGAAAGUGACCUCACCUAUGGGGAAGUGGAGCAAAGGUUAGAUCUACUUCAAGAACAACUCAACAGACUUGAAUCCCAAAUGACAACAGACAUCCAGACUAUCUUACAGCUCCUGCAGAAGCAAAGCACGGUGGUCCCUCCAGCCUACAGCAUGGUAACCGCAGGAGCGGAGUACCAGAGACCUGUCCUGCGGCUGCUGAGAACCAGUCAGCCCAGAGCAUCCAUUAAGACUGACCGGAGUUUCAGCCCCUCCUCCCAAUGUCCUGAAUUUCUAGACCUUGAAAAAUCUAAACUCAAAUCCAAAGAAUCCCCCUCAAGCGGAAGGCAUCUGAACACAGCCUCAGAAGAAAAGUUGACUUCACCUUCAACACAAGACGGCGAUGUGUCUGUAGAGCUUCACCCACGGCCAAGGAAAACCUACCUUCAUCCCAUCCGGCACCCGUCUCUGCCAGACUCUUCCCUAAGCACUGUAGGGAUCCUGGGUCUCCAUAGGCAUGUCUCUGACCCUGGUCUUCCAGGAAAGUAAUCCUUUUGUACUAUUUCCUCCACAUCCAAUGUAAGUGCUUUUAAUGGCUGUUUUCCUUUUUGUAUUUAAAUCCUCUCUACUUGACUCAGGGGCUCACAAGGUACCAUUAUAUGCAAAAGUACUGUAUAUUUUUCCUAAAUUGAAGCUUGUAGGGUAAAGUUGAGCAGUUAGGACGUAAAUAUACAUUAAGAGCUUUUGGUUCCAAAUGUUCAAACUGCCAGCAUCUCAAGGCACCUUAUCUUUUUGAUUUUAUUUUUGAAAUCAUGUGCAUGCUAGGAAACUCCAGUUUCUCUUGCAUGGAGACUCCUAUUUGCCGCUAUUACUGAAUCAGUGCUUGAUUAUGAAAAAGCCUUCCAGCAAAUAAGAAACUGAGGAAUGAAAAUGGUCAGGAUUGCAACUCAGAUGAUCCUCCACUCACGGGAUCUCAAGGGGGGGGGGGGAUAGAGGGAAGUUAGUCACUUUGGAGAACGAAUUUCCUUCUCUAUUGACAUGUUUAUAGUUACUUACCUUCAUUUCCUAGAACAAUAAAAAAGAGGUUGGACUUACACGUAUUAGAAAGGAAGCUAAAUCCAAAAGCACCAAAGGAUAUGGUUCCUUCUAAAUAGAUUUGUAGUUUAUUAAUAUAAACUCCAGACCACUGUGGAAGAAAACACCUGUGAGGUUUCCUCAGGAACUCAGGCCCUAGUUUCAUGGCCCAGGUUUAGAAGACCUUCAGCAAGAGCCCUCAUUUUGGAGAAGUAACAGCAAAGCUGUCCCAGGAAACUUCUGGCAGCUGCAGUCUCUGGGCCAGUGAGCAAUCUAUCCAUAAGGAGUCUCUAUAUCCUGCUUUUAGACAGGCAAGUGGGAGGAGAGGAGAGACCUUUGUCUUUCUGCCCUACGUUUGGACAGACUGAGGAGGCGCACUGCUUCCCCAGGUUGUCUUCAGCUAAACCAUUAUGAAUACAGGACAAUAUCAGUGAGAGAAUAAAACAGGCUCUAGCAAAUUCUUCAGGAGCUUCAUUCACAAGCUUCCUAAAAUAUUUACAAUAGCAUAUAUAUUAGAAGAAUAUAUUCUAACACCUUUGAGUGCUAGAUACUGUUUUGGAAAAGGAGAUGGCAUUUGGAUUGCAAAAUCAACACAGGAAAAAAUACAAUUUACAAUUAAUGAUGGGUCAAACUCUAGUUAAAUUUUAUUUUCAACUCAAUUAUAAUCUUAAAAUUAUUAUAUACUAGCCCUUAGCUUUCUUUUCUCCUGAACAAACACCUAGAA